GAAAGAAGAACGUUUCGCCUGGCGUUUUAAAAACACACAGCACACUGUACACAUUGACUGGAAUCAUGGGUGACAGUGUGAACGUAAGGAAAUUUGCAUAGAGUUUGACAAAACAAGAAAGAAUGUAUUCCUGAUUCUUCUUAAAUCACCUUUGGCCCAUAUGUUAAGUCAUUGAGUCCAAAUUAAAUUAGUUCGGCCAGAUAGUAGGUCAAAGUGACAAAGUCUAAAUCUAAAACUAAAAUCUAAUACUAAUUCUAAUAUAAAUUUAUUAUUAAUAUUAUGGCAUGGGUCAUGGUCAAAGUCAAAUUAAUCGUCUAAAUCUUACUACUUAUAAUAUAAAAGUAUAUGUAAUUUAAUUUUAAGAAAAUAAUUAGCUACUACUACUAGUAGUCUAAAACUAAAAUCUAAUACUAAUUCUAAUAUAAAUUUAUUAUUAAUAUUAUGGCAUGGGUCAUGGUCAAAGUCAAAUUAAUCGUCUAAAUCUUACUACUUAUAAUAUAAAAGUAUAUGUAAUUUAAUUUUAAGAAAAUAAUUAGCUACUACUACUAGUAAGUUAGGUCUAGUGGUCCGUGAUAGAUUGUUAGGGCAAGACAGUUGAAGACUCACUUUAAGUAUAUUUUGCAAUGGGUAGACCAGGGAAAAAUAACAUAAGCAAAAACCCUCAGUUUGCCUUACUUUACUUACAGUCUUAGCCUUAAUAUUUUUUUUCAGACAAACCCUUCAACUCUAAUAUCGAUCUAAUAAAUGUACCUAUCGCUACAUCAUUUUAAAUACCGGUUUUGCAAAAUGCAAUUACAGACAAGACAUUUAUUAGUAAUUAAAGUAAUUUAGAUCGCCGAUAGAUUAAAUUGUAAUCAGUUGACAACGGCAUGGAAGUGUGGGUGGAUGGUAUAUUUCACAUGUGCAUCGCCACUCUAACAGAUUGAGCCCUAGGAAGCCACAAAUAUUCAUUUGGCUCAACUCACCCCACCCAUUAACUCGUUACAUAUAUAAUAUAUGUCAUGAUAUGAUUUUGUUUAAAAUGUGUUGGGUUGCAGGUGGGUCAGUUAAAGUAACACUUUGAAUUUGAUUAAAUGGUAUUGUGACUCUAACAAGGUUGGGCUUUUAUGCACUAAACUAAACUGGCUAUUGUCACUAUUCAUUGAGUUGAAAAAAAGGCAUAGUUAUUUAAAUUUAGAUAAUUAUCAUAAAAAUGGUGGGACCCAGAAGGUGAGCAUUCCUCAUAUCCCGGGUUGCAACCCAGUACUGUUCUACGAAAGAAAAACUACUGGGUCAUGAAAAAAAUCUCUAAAUCCUAGCUAGGUGUUUUAGCCCAAAUAAUGAUAGAUUGUUUAUAUAUCCACUAGCAGUUAAGUGUAGGUUGCUGAAAAACUAAAUUCAGGUAUGUGCCAAAAUGCAUCCCUGCAUUAUGAAUUUAUCAAAAAUUUCUGGGGAGGGGGCUUGGACCCACUCCCUGAUUUCUUCUUCACCAUCACCCACCACAAUCCAUAUAAUAUAAUUAUUAGUUAAUUACUAGUGGAUUUUUCUCCCCCAACCUUAAAGGUAAAUUUUUUAUUGCAUGAUUUUUGUAUUAAGUUAUUUAACGGGAUGUAAUCCUAGAUUGAAAUGUUUUUGACACUCAAUUCUGUGUUUAAAUAAGCUUCAUUUAAUCCAUUUUACUGCAGGGGGAAGUAAGGAUAGAAACUGAUACUUUUGGUGACAUAAGUGUUCCUGCAGACAAGUAUUAUGGAGCUAAUACAGCAAGAUCCCUCAUUAAUUUUGACAUAGGUGGACCAUCAGAAAAAAUGCCUGUAAGUACUGUAGGACAUCAUUUUAUUCUCAGCCCUGUUUACAAUUUAUGUGAUUUGAAUAUUUGAAGGUAAAAAACAUACAAUAAAUAAAUGUACUUACUGUAAUUUGUUGUUGUGUCAAUGUACAUUUAAUGCUUGCUAUUUGCAAAAUCCUAGAUUGCUAUCAUCCGUGCCUUUGGUAUACUCAAGCGUUGUGCAGCACAAGUGAACCUAAAUUAUGGCCUUGAUAAGACUAUAGCAGAACUUAUUGUGAAGGCUUCUGAUGAGGUAUCUAAUUUUAAAUUGCCCAUGAAUUAUCUAUUGCAUCAUUGACAUCUGGUUAUUAUCAUAACCUUUGCUUUUAUGAAUGAAAUCAUAUUAUUAUUUUUUUUUUCAGAAAUACUUUAGGACUGUAAAUACUUUUUUUUAUUUUUAAUUUCAUGCAAGAUUUUAUUUCAUUUAAAAAAGUUUUGCAUAUUAAUUUGUGUCUAAUAUGAAAUGAGUCUUAAGUUUGGAAAAAUUACUUAUAGAACAGUUCAGAGGUUAAUGUUCAUGGGUCAAUAGUGCCUGAACAGUUAUUUUCUGGAACCUGCCUUUUCCAAAGAUUUCUUUAUAAAUCUGUUUAUCACUUUCUCAGUUCUGCUUGUUUUUUUUACAUCUACAAUUGGGAAUAAAACCUGCUACUAUGCAAAUACUGGUAUCUCAAAUAUUAUUUUGAUCUAUGUUAAAAUAAAACUGUUGAACUUGAACUUUUGCAUUCAUUAUAAAUAAAUGAUAAAUGAAUGUGUUCCAGGUGAUCUCAGGUAAGCUGGAUGACAGUUUUCCCUUGGCAAUCUGGCAGACUGGGUCAGGUACGCAGACCAAUAUGAACGUCAAUGAGGUCAUCAGCAACAGGGGUAUUGAAAUGAUGGGAGGGCAGUUGGGUUCCAAGACACCAGUGCAUCCUAAUGACCAUGUCAACAUGGGCCAGGUAAUUCACUGCGAGAUGUGUCAAACAGUACACCGGUAUGUCUGUCUUAGUUACCGAAUAAGUAAUUGAACAAUGUGGCGUUUUUUAUACACCGCUGCAUGCAGAAGUAAUUAUUUUUGUACCAAACAUCUUCAUUUUUGGCAUAGACUUCAUUGGAGUUCAUUAUUUGAAGUGUUGUGCUGAAUGCUAUGACAAUUAAGUUAUAAUAAGGGCUAUAAUUGCAGAUGUUUUGUUAAAAGAUAUACCAAUGAAGAGCCCAGAGAAAUUGACACUUGUAUAUAUGUAUAUAUGUAUUUAUUUGCAUAUAAAAGUUGAAUUCAAUUUGAUUUUUUUUAUCAACGUUAUCUCCAGAGUUCCAACGAUGCAUUCCCCACAGCCAUGUACAUUGCAGUCGCUCAAGAAGUAAAUGCAAGGUUACUUCCUGCGAUGGAUUUGUUGUUCUCUUCCUUAGAGGCUAAGGUUGAAGAAUUUAAAGACAUUAUCAAGAUUGGUCGCACACAUUUACAGGUAAAAAUAAGGAAGAUUGAUUUCACAAACGGUAAAAUUUGACCAGACCAUCCAUACUAACAUGGAUGCGGGGCAUUUCCAAAUCAGGUAAUGUUAGAGAAAAAAUAGUACAGCUAGGAUUUAUGAAAUACCAAUUGUUUGAAAAAUGUUUUGUCAACAUGAAAAGUUAUUUAUUAUGUUGAAAAUUUUGUUUCAAACUUUCAAAACUCCAGGAUGCAACACCACUGACUCUUGGCCAGGAAUUUAGUGCGUAUUCACAACAGGUCAAAUAUGGUAAAGAAAGAGUUCUUGCUACAUUCCCGAGGCUGCUGGAGCUAGCGAUGGGUAAAAAGGGAUGUUGUGUAUAUUCUAUAGUAGAAUAUCAUUGAAAAUCUGUACAUUAUUAAUCACAGUUUUUCAUUGUAAUAUAAGUAAUUGAUCAAUUUUUGUCAACCUCACUUUUAAACACUACCAUAAACUUACAUAUGAGCUGUUGAAAAAACCACUGAAUGCUUUGUUUCAAUAAUGCAAAUUUUAUGCUAAGGAAAAUGAUUUCUCCUGACAAUACAACAGAGUUUUUCAAUCUUUUGAACACUGAGCACAGAAUUUGAGUCAUUUCAAUAUUUUCAGGGGGAACUGCUGUGGGGACAGGGCUCAAUGCUAGGAUAGGAUUUGCUGAAAAAGUAGCUGCCAGUAUAGCUGAUUACACCGGUAAGUAGACCAACAACACACAGGUCUUUGUUAUCUGAGAUACAGCUGUGUUUGUUAUCUGAGAUACAGCUGUGUUUGUUAUCUGAGAUACUCCUGUGUUUGUUAUCUGAGCUGUGUUUGUUAUCCAAGAUACUCCUGUGUUUGUUAUCUGAGCUGUGUUUUUAUCUGAGACACAGCUGUGUUUGUUAUCUGAGAUACUCCUGUGUUUGUUAUCUGAGAUACUCCUGUGUUUGUUAUCUGACAUACUUCUGUGUUUGUUAUCUGAGCUGUGUUUGUUAUCCAAUAUACUACUGUGUUUUGUUAUCUGACAUACUCCUGUGUUUGUUAUCUGAGCUGUGUUUGUUAUCUGAGAUACUCCUGUGUUUGUUAUCUGAGCUGUGUUUGAUGUCUGAGAUACAAAAGUGUUUGUUGUCUGAGAAAUCAAAUGAGCUUCCCCUUUAAUUCUUGCAAUUAUUUUUUAUUUUCAAAUUGAAAAAGCCAGACUUGACAAACCGCUUCUUUGGCUAGACACACCCAGGUGGCAGUACAUUAAGUGCUGGUAUAUCCCAUAAGCCUUAAAAAAAAACUAAUUUACUUAUGAAGAAGUUUAAACAAUAUAAAAUAGUUUUAUAAUAGUUUAAAUAAAUAUUAUUUUAAGUUUUAUAUUUAGUCUAUAUGAUGUGUUUUAUUGUUUUGUUUAAUUCAUGGCAUUGUUGCUCUUAGAUUUUGAUGUUAUUCUUAGCCAGAUGGUAAAAAAAACCCUCACAAUUAAGAGACAUUAUUUGGACUAGUAAUUAGUGACACAUUUGUGUACAUUGUACAUCUACAAUGGAGGAAACCAUGAUUCUUAGCCAGGUCAAAGUAAAAGUUAAUUCCUUUCAUGUACUGACAAAAUUUUAAAGUGGAUUUAACUGCAUAUUCUGAAUAUGAAAGUGUGGUCACAAUUUUUGUUCUCAUAGAGUUAGUUGGUGACCGACAGAGUUAGUUCCUGACAGACAGAGUUAGUUCCUGACCGACAGAGUUAGUUCCUGACAGACAGAGUUAGUUCUUGACAUACAGAGUUAGUUCCUGACAUACAUAGUUAGUUCCUGACAUACAGAGUUAGUUCCUGACAUACAGAGUUAGUUCCUGACAGAUAGAGUUAGUUGCUGACAGACAGAGUUAGUUCCUGACAGACAGAGUUAGUUCCUGACAUACAGAGUUAGUUCCUGACAUACAGAGUUAGUUGCUGACAGACAGAGUUAGUUCCUGACAGAGAUACAGUGGGAUUCAUGUUUAGAUAUAAAAUCAUCUAAUCAAAAUUAUUGUUAUAGUUUAUACAAGAACUUCUUUAUUUUGUUACAUUUAUUAGGUCAUUGUUUCAGCGAAUUACACCUGGUCACAAUUAUUACUCCAGAUAAUCUAAUCAAGCUUCUACUGUUCAGGACUGUUUGAGAUAUACUAAAGGUCAUUAAAAUGUUCAAGACAUUCCCCAGGGCUCCCUUUUGUGACAGCAUCCAAUAAAUUUGAGGCCCUGGCCGCCCACGAUGCAUUGGUGGAGCUACAUGGAGCAUUGAAUGUGUUUGCCUGCAGCUUGAUGAAGAUCGGCAACGACAUCAGGCUGCUGGGAUCUGGACCUCGCUGCGGUCUAGGAGAGCUGACUUUGCCAGAGAAUGAACCUGGAAGCAGUAUUAUGCCAGGUAAGGCUUACAAACUCAGAAGUUUUAAACUAUAGUUUAAAUUUGUUUUUAACUGGCUACAGGUUAACCCACGAACUGUCCAUGUUAUGUGCGGGCAUUUUAGAGCUUUUUGGUGCCUUUGAAAAAAUAUGAUUUUUUACAUGCAUAUACUAUAGUUAGACUCCAUAAAGUAUAUAUUUAUUGAAAUUAGACUGAGUGGGGAAUCAUACUGGCUAUUUUUUAAUGAUAUUUUCUACUCUGUGACCAUGCCUUGGAAUGGCCAAGAAUAAAAAAAAUAAUGAAAUUUUUUUUUUUUCAAGUACCUCAAAAUACAAUUUUUUAAAGGCAUAUUAUUAUAAUGUUCAUAUAAUAUGAUAGCAUUUUUAUUUAUCUUUCAGAAAAUGUAUUAUUUGUAUAUGUUUAGCUAUUAAUAGAUUUUUUAAAUUUCUUCUGAUACCUAUAAUUACCUUCAAGUAACAAAGCACGUCAUAAACAAUAUAAACAUUGCUAAAUAGCAAAAAGCAGAUAAAAUUAAUAAACUGCCAUAUAAAUAUUUAAUCCAUAAAAAGAAAUAUAAGAAAACAUAUAUGGAACAAAUUCCAAUUAUUUUUUUUUGGUAUACAAUCAUCUGCAACAUAGUUUUGAAUGAGUUCUGUUGUAGGUGCAAGCCUUCUUGUUCUAGUUCUAGGCCUAGGUCUAAAUCGUGAGAGUUCUAACUUUCGCUUUCUGACCCUAUAGAAAAAUAAUCGUAAUUAUCAUUGUCUUCGUGUGUAAUCGGAAAAUCAUCUUCCGAAUCACUUAAGUCAUUAACUAAAAAGUUAUCAAAAAGAUUCCAAAUUGAUUUGUUUUGUAAGCCAGAUAGUCCAGCCAUGACCUCAUCCAUUUCGCGAACUCUACUUACACAAAUUUGCUGGAUAAAGAUCGUUGUAAAAAUAAAUCCAAAGUUUUAAAAAAAAGGACACAGAUGGGUGAAAAACGGAAGUUCAUUUAUUAAUAAAAGGAAGUAGUUUAAUUUAGAGUAUAAUAAUGGACUAGAAGUUCUUCUUUCAGCGCAAUUUUUCUCGCCCGAUCAAAUCAGCCGCGACAGUUCUUUGGUUAAAUUUGUUCUUAGUUGCCUAUAGGUUACAUUUGUUUUUAUUUGAGUGUGGGUUAAAUUUGUUGUAAAAUUACUAUAGGUUAAAUUUUGUUUGUUUCCUGUAGGUAAAGUUAACCCCACACAGUGUGAAGCAAUAACAAUGGUUGCCGCUCAGGUCAUGGGCAACCAAACGGCCGUCUCCAUAGGGGCAAGUCAGGGACACUUGGAGCUGAAUGUCUUCAAACCACUGAUUGUCAGCAAUGUCCUACAGUCUGUUCGACUGCUGGCAGACUCUUGUGUCUCGUUUUCAAGGAACUGUGUCGCAGGGAUAGUCGCCAAUGUAGCCAGAAUCAACCAGCUCCGUGAUGACUCACUGAUGUUGGUCACCGCCUUAAACCCCUACAUCGGCUAUGACAAGGCAGCGAAGAUAGCCAAACUGGCACACAAGGAGGGAGCCACAUUGAAAGAUACUGCGGUAAAGCUAGGCCUGGUCACUUCAGAGCAGUUUGACCAGUGGGUUAGACCUGAGGAUAUGUUAGGUCCUAAGUGAUUUAUCAAGUGACUUUAUGCCUUUUGUUAACGUUAUUCUCCUUUUUUUAUCCUGUCAUUUCCAUAUCAUAUUUGUUGCUGGAGAGUUGGACUUUGCACACCAUAAUGUGAUUCACAGACCUUAGAUUUAUUUACUCAAAUUUCUCUGAUAUUUUAUUAGAGGAAAUUAAAUCCAGUGAUACUUGCAUUGUUUGAAACUCAUUUAUUUCAUAUGUUUAUGUGCUAUUAAUUUAUGUUGCUGUUGUAACAUUGACAAAACCAUUCAACAAUUAGUACGCUGUGAUGGAAACAUCUGAUUCAUUAUAACAAAUUGGAAGUUCUUAGUUACAGUAUAAACAAGAAAUGAAAGAUCUUAGUUAUAUGCAACAAAUGGAAGAUCUUAGUUAUAUACAAGAAAUGGAAGAUCCUAAUUCAAUUGGAAGAUCUUAUUUAUACACAACAAAUAGAAGAUCUUAAUUAUACAUGACAAAUGGAAGAUCUUAAUUAUAUACAAUAAUUGGAAGAUCUUAUUUCUAUACAUGUAUUGGAAGAUCUUAUUUCUAAACAUGUAUUGGAAGAUCUUAGUUACAUUCAACAAGUGGAGGCAUGAAGUGUUUAAGCAGCGAGAUUUCCCACUAUAAACUUGUGAUGUGGAUGAGGUCAUAAGUUCAUAACUGUCAAGUUUAUGUUUCUCUCACAUGUGUGCAUUCCAGGUUUGUUUUGUUGAAAUAAUCCAACAUUUGCAGGCACUCAUGGCUUUAUACUAAAGACAUGAUGAUGACUUGAUGCUAACAUGAUGAUCCUCAGAUAGUUGAUUUUUCUAAGUCAACAUUCCUAAGGUUCAUAAAAUGUCACGGGUCAAUGGCCUCACAUCCAUGUCAUCUGCCUGCUGGUGUUAUAACUGAGUGAUAAUUUUACCCACAAAUUUAUCCUGAAGAAAGUAAGAUUUAUUUUUGUGCUGGAAAUCAUUGUGGAUUUCUUGUAGUUAAAUGAGUGUGUCUACUUCCUGUAUUAAAUUACAGUCCCAUAAUUCUGUGCAAACCUGGUGACCUUGUCAGGGUCAACAAACUUUUUUAGCCAUUACCCCAAAAUAUUUUUUUAAAGCAGAAGUUAGCCCAAUUCUCAAGGAACAUAAUCUUAAUUUAUUUCACUUCAAAAUAGUUAGUGAAUCUACUUAUACAGAGAACACAGCUAUAAAUAUUAAAAUACAUUUGUGGAAGUAAAUUAAUAAAAAAAUUCUCAGAAUGGAGCAAAAGGAUUUCUUUGAUGCUUUGAAAAGAUUUCUCUUCCAAUUUUUGUAAAAAUGAUGAUUUAUUUUGUUACAUUCAUACCGAAAUGUGUGAUUUUUUUUUUUUUGUGGUUUUUUGGUUAUAUCAGAGAGCCCUCAUUACCCCAGAGAUUUUCACUUCACCAAUCCAACGGGGAAUAUAUAUGUAAGGAUAUUUUGAUUCAUCUAAAAAUAGUUUAAGAAAUUCAAAUGAAAUAUUUGAACCCUGUGACAUUUUUGUCUCAAUAUUAAAAGAGAUAUUUUAU